UUGCUUGCUUCUGCUACCAAUACAGCACUCCUCAGUGUAAAACUCCCAUUCCAGUUAGACAUGGAGUCUGCCAUUAAUGUCCUUGUGGCCCAGUUCAAGACUUUUGCCUCUAAAGAUGGCAGCUCACACACCCUGAGCAAAGAAGAAUUCCAGACCCUUGUUGUGUCCCAACUACCAAACCUUGUCAAGAAUGCCAGUGAUCCUGCUGUGAUCGACAAUCUCAUGAGCUCCUUGGAUGAGAACAAUGAUGGGGAACUGACAUUUCAGGAAUUCUGGCAGCUGAUUGGCAAACUGGCAAGCACACAUGGUGGUUUCAGCCAAUAACUUUACAGGCAAACAAUUUGAAAUAUCUCAUUGACACACAUGCAGGCAAAGGUCAAGUAUAACCAUGACACCUUCCCAUCUAGCUCUAACACAAAAGAGUGUAAGUUAACCAUUGAUGAAGACAAGAGAUGUGAAAUAAAAAAGCUAUUGUAGUCAUAAGAUUAUCUUGGUUUUAUUGACCUUAUUGACCUUGUAAUAAAAGAUUACAUACACGUGA